AUGCUUCCAGGCUUAGACGAAUGCCGCGUGCCACUCAUCAACGACGCCGCCACUUCGGAGCCGGAUGAAAUCAAAGAACCCCGUCGAAACAUUGCAGAACUCGCUGGAGAUAUGGGCGGAAAGCGGGAAGCCGACGUCACACUGUCGCUGGUCGACGAUUCGACGCCUACACUGCCGCAGACAGACCGUUCCAUAGACGCAGAGUCGAUCGGCGCGAAACAGCAGGCGAGGCCGUCGCUCAAGAACGAAAAAACGCAGCGAGGCUCGCUUAGGGACUCCAGCAGAAAGGACGGGCAGCACACUACGAGCAGCGCCAAGGAACGCGACAACUCCCCGCGCAUCCUAUCGUCCCUGCGGGCGCUGCGCAACUCGAUCGUCGGUCCCUCGAGCGUGGUUGAGUUGGUCCGCUCGUACAGCGCGCCGAAGCCCGUCGAACCUAGCACGAGCGACAGCAGCACCGCCCAGCGUCAGCGGGGUUCCGCCAGCCAUUCGCUGGUCCUGGGAAUCCUUAUGGCCGCCGGCGCCAGCGCCGUCCUCUCCCUGGUCAACGUCAUCAUCAAGCGGCUGGAAUCGGUCAGUUCUCUCGAGGUGCUCACCUUCAUGGCGUUCGGUGUGUUCAUCGGCAUCCUGCCGGCGGCCACAGAGGAGGCGCAGCCCUUCGGCUCCAGCAGCGCCCAGCCGCUACUCAUCGUGCGCACCGUCCUCUCCCUGGGCGCGGCCGCGCUGAGGCUGUCCAGCUUGUCCUACCUGACAAUCGCCGACUCCUCCAUCAUCACCAGCCUGACCCCGCUCAUGGUCGCAGUCACCGCCAGCCUGUUCCUCGCCGAGCCUUGCCACUGGACGCAGGGCGCGGCCGUGGCCCUGUCCAUCCUGGGCAUUACCCUGGUGGUGAAACCGCCAUUUCUGGCGAACGCUGGGGUCACCUUCACCAAGGAUCAGUACAUCGGCAUCGCGUACGGCCUCAGCCACACCGUCCUGAACGGCGUCACCACCGUCUGCAUUCGGGCUAUCAAGGGAGUGUCGCGCAGCGUCGUCGUGUUCCACUACGGCUGCCUCUCAAUGCUGCUCGUGUCGAUCGUGUCGAUCGCCAUGGGUCGACUCAAGAUCUUCUACGACGGCUCACAGAUCGGCUACCUGCUUCUCAUCUCGCACCUCACCUUCGCCGUCCAGAUGUUUCUCACCAAGGCGCUCCAGAUCGAGAAUGCCUCGGUGGUCACCAUAGUUAAGACGUCGUCGGAUGUCAUCUUUGGAUUCGUCAUGCAGGCAGUGUUCUUGAACGUGUACCCGGACUUGUUCAGCAUGUUUGGCGGCACGUUCGUGCUUGUAGGUGUCGUCAUCAUCGGUAUGCGGAAGAUCGCCCAGGCAGCCGCACCUGAUACUAUGCUCAGGCGGAGGCUUCGAUUUCUUCUUUAA